AGCUUUUGAGCCCAGCACGCAGAAGAUGAACACCUCGACGGAAACGGAAGUAUGCCCGGAUUUAGUUCACAGACAACGUGUCUUGGGUGGUUACCCAAUGUGGUGCUGGGGAUGCUGACCACCUGCGAGUUUUGGUUCAUCUCGUUUUUGUUCGGCAGACGCCGUCGCUGCCAGUUAUUACAGCCCAUCUCAACCAAGCAACCAACCAAACAACCAACCACGACCAACCCGCCCUGGGGCUCUGGAGAAGAUCGUACCUCGCGCUGAAAAGACCCCGACCCAAGAAUUCUAAGAAUACACGUACUGCGCACUACACGUGUACACUGAAGUGACUUGACGCGUCUGGAACGAGGUCUAAUUAAUGGGGCCCGGCUUCUUCUCCGUACAUACAGAAGAAAGCUUGAAUGAAUGUCCGCCACCUGACAAGAACAUGGUACCCCAUGGCCAUGAUCGUGGUUUGGGAAGACUCGGAUGCGAUCGCUUCUGCGAUGGUUUUUAUCGUGCUCACGAUAGAUUCACUUCAAGGACACGGCAUCGUCAUAGGUGU